UAUCUGCUGUCAGCACCGAGCUGCAUGGAUAGCGAGGGAUUUUGAAGUACCUGACUUUCAUUCGCUCCUUUUAUCUCAUAAGGAUUUUGUGCUGUCCUAGGCUGUCCUUCCCCCGGAUCCCGCAGAAACAACAAGAGCCCCAGGGGACCUUCGAAUAGUCACUCAAGUCACUGAAAAUGUCAACGGUGCACACUGUGAACAGCGAUCAAGCGACUUUCCUGGGUAUGGGUUUCGAGGCAUUGGCUUAUGGAAUCUACACGUUGCUCUUUUUCACUUCACUGGCUGUGCUGACAUGGCGGACGCCAGCUCUGAACGCAUCCAAAAAGCCCAUGUUUGCAGCUACAAUCUUCAUGUUCAGUCUUGCGACAGUUCAUUUCUCAUUGAAUUUCAAUAAUGUUUAUCAAGGCCUGAUGGUCAAACCAACGGCGCAUAUCUCUGAUGAAACACAUCUGCUUGCUGGUGCAGAUAUGAUCUUUAGCAUCUCCGACUUCUGCAGUCAACUCAUUCUUAUAUAUCGUUGUUAUCUAGUCUGGUCACGCAAUCCAUGGGUGAUUGUACUCCCAAUCCUCAUCUCGUGUGCAUCAGUAGCUUGCGGAAUCGGGCUUAUUGGUCUCGUCCUGACAAUUAGUCCUAACGCCCCUCAAGCACCAGCAGCAAUUGUUCCGAUUGGAACCGCCGCCUUUUCCAUGUCGCUUUGUCUCAACUUCAUCGUCUCCGCUUUAAUUGUCGGGCGAAUUUGGUACAUAACUGGCCUCAACCGAGAGAUCAAGACAGACAGCGCUAUCAGACGGGCUUCAGCUAUUAUUAUCGAGUCCGGCCUUUUGUUCCUCGCUGCACAGCUCGUAUUCGUGGUACUAUUCGCGAUCAAGCAUCCAGCGCAAGCGAUAGUCGAGCCCAUUGCAACGCAAAUUUAUGGCAUCUCCCCAACGCUCAUCAUCGUCCGAGUUGGCAUGGGUUCAACGUUCGAGCCUACUGCGCUUCCUGAGUCGUCGUUACGAUUCAGGGUGACUUUGGGAAGGAAAACCAAAUCAACAACAACUGGUACGAGUCGGAUGACUGCAACUACGGGGUCCGCAACGGAUGUGGAAAUGGGUAGACUGCCGUCGGAGUCCUCUUUUGUGAAAAGUAGGAACGACGAGUAAAAUUUGUGUUGGAUUUUGGAUCUGGGAUGUUGUACGCUGUUGUAGGUUUGUGUAAUGUUAUUGUAAUUGCUAUGUAUGUCUAAGGAGAGUUGUGUUUUCAAUUUAUCAAUUGUAGGAAAGUUUGCUCCAUGCCGAAUUCAUGUGCCGAUGUUAGUCAUCGCCAGCUCUCCUAGUUGAGCUCCGAGUCCUAUAUCGACUCUGUCGUGUUUCUGUGGCUGCAUUUCCGACUCACAAAAUUUUGUCCUUAAUAUGCCUCGACGUCAAUAGACAUCUGGAGAUGGUGUACGAGGAGGAU